ACCUGAAUUAAUGUCUGUCUCUCCUCCAGCAAAGUCAAACCCAGAAGAAGGGUCACUUCUGACCUGUUUCAGAACUCUGUCACGUCCCAGAGAAGAGGACAGAGGGGACUGCACUCUCCCCAGCCAGCACUCUUUAGGGUAGAGGACAAGGAGUUCUGGUCUGAAGCAGAGGGUGACAGGAGCUGCUCUGUCUCUCAAUCAAUCAUGCAACAGAUGGAGCAUGCCCUGCUGUACACCUUCCUGGAGGCAUCCUCUGACUGCCAGUUCAAAGAGCAGCUGUGGUCCCUGGCACCUGUGUGUAACCAAGGGCCGAUUGUGCCUCGUCGCCAAGGGGGGAUUGAUGGUUACCAGGGGAGGACUGUGCAUUACCGAGGGUGGCUUGUGCCCCGGAGCCAAGGACCUGACGAUGACUCUGAACUCCAGUGUGACGGCAACCGGAGCGGCCACCUGGAGAACGGAGAGCUAGAGGCUGACGCUCCAACAAACGAAGACGUUAUCCGGAUCAUCGCUGCUCAGCUCGCUGAGAUUGGAGACAAGCUGGACAAAGAUGUCCAAGGAAAUGUAGUAAAUGAUCUAGUGCAGCACUUUCUGAAUGAGAAUCUCUCCAGAGAGGAGAUAAUGCGGCACAUGUCAAGGGUAGUGAGAGAGCUUGCACAAGCCAUCCCCGCAGACAUGGAACAGGAGAGGGUCAUGUUGGUGCUAGCAAUGGUCUUGACUAAGAAAAUUGUGAAUACAGUGCCCUCCCUUCUACACCGUGCCUUCAGCGUCACUGUGGACUUCAUGAACCAGCAGUUCCACAACUACAUUGAUGGAAUGCUGGGUGAGUGAGCUCUCCUGCCCUCCACGUGGAGAACACGGAUUCUAGAAGACAACUUUUCUUGGUGUUUGCUUUUUAACUUCUGAGAUACUGUGGAAGUGUCUCAGUAUCUCCCACAGCUGUGAAAGGGAUGGCAGAGCUCCAUAGAUAGGUUUUUGUAGAUUAGCACAGCUCUGCCAGUACCUGCAGGGAGAAGUGCUUGCCCUUUAUAAUUUUAGGAUUUUUUUUCAGUUUUUUUUUUUUUUAGCAAUAGCAGAGUUUGUGCAGACCCUGGCUUAUACCUUCAGAGGCCCAGUGGGGGCAGGGCCUGCACCCUCAGUGUUUUUUCUAAUCAGCUGCAGCAUUUUGCUUUAGUUAUUCGCUUGCCAGCCCUGCUCUUGCAGCUGAGCCGUGCUGAGUGCUGCUCCCUGGAAGGCCUCAGGCUGUGAAAUGGAUGGUUGAUCAGUACAGAUCACAAGUCAUCUGUGGGGUGGAUGGGAAUCAGGCCUACCUUGAUGGGGAGCUGGCAGCAAGAGAGAACAGAGCCCAUAAGGACGGAGGGGUGUUUGGCCUGGUAAAGAUACUUUAGUAUCAAUCACCAUCCACCUGUGUUUGUUUGAAAAACAAAACUGAUGGAGUAACUGUAAAGAAAAAGGCAGGAGUAGGCACAGGGCAAGUUUUUUUGAUAAUGCAACCUGGAUAUGCUUGAGAAAAAGUGAUAUAUCUAGUAAUCACAUCUCAGGUUCAACAAACUUGGACUCAGGUUGUUCGACACAUAAUCACACGAGGUGGCAAACGUGUCACCUGUGAUCCAGCUGCCUCAUGAGUUUUGAAAGUUUGUAAAUAUUUUAUGGGCUUUCUUAAAUAAAAAUGUCAUUUCUG